CGCUCGCUCGCGACGAGACAGCGCUAUAAAAUCCUCCUGCUGCAGUUACCGACAGAAGAGCUGUUCUUAUCCGGAGUGUGGGCUAUAGAAUAAAGCAGAAACUGCAAAAUCAACCACAGCCUCGAGGAAAUUUGUGCUCCAGGUGUCGGUUCCAUCCAGGUUUUACAGCCAUCUGCAGAACUAAACUCGCACCCCGUCACUUGUUCUAACUCUUACCACCAUGAUGCAAGCAAACUCGGAUGCCAGCUUUCAUAAGCACUCGCUGCUAAACGUGAUGAACCGCUUCCUCGCCGCGGCCAACAACAUGGACGAGACCAUUAUGGUGCCUAGUUUACUGCGGGACGUACCACUGGAUGGACAAGAAGGGGACACGUCGAUGAACAGCAACCGCGAGCUGUCCUUCCCCAGCAAGCAGAGGGACAUGUACGAGCACUACCUGUUGCUGAAGUCCAUUAAGAAUGAGAUGGAGUGGGGUUUGCUGAAACGUGACCUGGGUGGUGGCACCAGCUUCCUGGAAAUGGCAGUGAAGCAGGAGGAACAGCAGGUUCCAGACGGACCAGAAGAAGACAACAGCGACUUAGAAAGCCAGUUCCACUUCCAUCUCCGUGGACUUUUCGGUGUCUUGUCCAAGCUCACAGACCAAGCAGAUAACCUCACAAACCGCUACAAGAGAGAAAUUGGUGGUGGGAGUCUGUUAAGAUGAGACUGACCUAUAAAGCUUAGCACUAGACUGCAACUUACACUUUACUGAGGGAUGACGCUUUGGGCUCUUGCAUCUAGGCUUGACUAUGGAGUCUUGCAUAACCUUUUUCUUUUAAGCAAGACCUAGACCAAUUUCAGUGCUGGGUGUCAACAGAAAAGCUGUGCUAUUUGAAACAUUUAACUUAAAGGCUCAUAUUGCUGUUGCUCCAUUAGGUUUCUUCACUUCAGUUCAUUAAGUGAACUACUGAUCCUUUACCAUGUAGCUUUUAAUGUUAGAACUGGUCCUAUAAGAGCUUGUUCAAAGUUUGGGUUGUGUUGGAGGAAAAACUGGAAUGCUGGUUAUUCUGUUUUUCUUUCUUCACAUUUACCUAGAUUCUGUAUAAUGUGGUCAUGUAAUAUCCCCAGGCUAAGUUUUAACAAGGCUUGCUCUUAUGCACUCCAACCAGAAAAGAUGGGUUGUUCUCUCCAUGGAAAAGCUCAAUGUUGUGGUGUUUUGUCCUGUCAGAGUACUACUAUUGCCACACUUUAUUUUUUGUUUUGCCCUAAAUGUUUACUUUUGAUAAAUAAUGUAAUGAAUAAUGAGAGUAUAAUGAAUAAAGCAGACUUUUUACAGUG